AUGUCGUUUUCCUCAGCCUACCUCACUUCUAUUAAAGGCGGGGUGUCGUUUCCUCGGCCUAUCUCGCUUGUAUUGGCGACAGAUGUCGCUUUCCUCGGCCUCUCGCAUCUAUUAGAGGCAGAGGCAGAUGUCGCUUUCCUAGGCCUAUCACGACUCUAUUAUCGGCAUAUGUUGCUUUCCUCGGCCUACCUCGUAUCUAUUAGAGAAGCAGAUGUCGUUUUCUUCGUCCCACCUCGCAUUUUUAGAGGCAGAUGUCGCUUUCCUCGGACUAUCAGGCGUCUAUUAGAGGCAGGUGUCGAUUUCCUCGACGUACCUUGCUUAUGCAGAUGUCGCUUUCCUCGGCUUAGAUCGCUUUUAUUAGAGGCAGAUGUCGCUUCCCUUGGCCUACCUGGCUUUUGUUUGGGGCAUAUGACGCUGUCCUCGGCCUACCUCACUUCUAUUAGGGCAGAGGUAGGUAUCUCUUUCUUAAGCUACCUCACUUCUAUUAGUGGCAGAUGUCGCUUUCUUCGGUCUACCUCGCUUCUAUUAAGAGGCGGACGAUGCUUUCCUUGGUCUACCUCGCUUCUAUUCGUGGCAGAUGUCAAUUUCCCCGGCCUACCACUCUUCUAUUGUAGCGGUAGAUUUCGUUUUCCUCGGCCUACCUCACUUAUGUUAGAGGCAGGUGUCGCUUUCUUCGGCACCUCGCUUCUAUUAGUGGCUGAUGCUGCAUUCUUCGGCCUACUCCAUUUCUAUUCGAGGCAGAUGUCGAUUUCCUCGGCCCACCUCACAUGUAUUAGAGGCAGAUGUCGCUUCCCUCGGCCCAUCUCCCUUUUUGGGGAGCAGAUGUCGCUUUCCUCGGCCUACCCCGCCUCUAUUAGAGGCAUGUGA